UAAUGAAUGGCGACAGAGUGAGUGAACCUUAUUCUUCCAUGGCAAAAGCCAACAGAUAACACUUCUUCAGCCCACCAUUUUUUUAACAAGAAGAAAACGAGAGGAAACAAUUUUCGUCCUUUUUUUUAGAAAAAAUCUUGGCAUUCAUAAAUGAAGUAGCAGUCGGUCGGUUGGCGUAGCCGUAGGGCCUCCUGAUGAAGAAGCAAUGGUGUAAAAUAGAAGUAGAAGAAGUGUGCAUUUGUAUUUGAUCCUGUUGUUUUUUUUCCCCAAGCUCCCUUUUGCUCCAAAUUUCACCUCCCAAAUCUGCAUGUAGGGGGUUUUUCUUUUUGUGUGGGUUGCCUUUGUUUUCUAGUGGUUAGGAAAAGAACAGAGAACCCACAUUAAAGGGAGGGUGGGAGGGGGGAAAAGAUCAGAAAUUCUUCUGAGGUUGUCAAUUUUCAACAGUACUUUCUUUUCUUUAAUUUGCCCCAAGCUGCAGCAGGACUAGUGUUGGUGAUUAUUGUCUUACGUUUGUGUGGUUCAGGAGUAUCUUCACCUUGCUUCCUUCACUGAAUCUGUGGAAAGAAGUUUUGUUCAUGCCACACAAGUGCUUGCUUCUGGGGUUUUUGCUUUCUUGCUUGGGAAUUCGCAUUUGAAACUGAAGAUGGUCUUUGUUGGAAGUAGAGGUCCUGGUAGAACUUGGGGAGUUGCUCUACUUCUUAGGUCUUCUUGUUCUUCUGGUUUACUUGCAUUCCAUGGAAGUGACCAUGGAGCUUUCCCUUGACUCUGUGCGGUUGAAGUCUGAUAGUGCAAUAGAAUCUGAGAGCUUCAUAGUUGCUGACUGUAUUCAAGUAGCUGUGUUGCUUAAUUUCAAGUCCGGGGAGGAGGCUGUUAGGUUAGCAAUGGGAAGCCUUAAUUUGAGCCAUCAGGUCACUUCACCUGGAGGAUGAAGUUUCUCUGGACCAAUUUGUCCAGGCAAUGAGGUGGGGAGGCGAUGUUAGCUUGAGGCACUGGUUGGACAAACCCGAAAGACCGGUUGAGGAAUUCGAAUGCUUGCACAUAUUCUCCCAAAUUGUUGACAUUGUAAAUAUAGCACAUUCUCAAGGGAUUGUAGUCAACAAUGUUCGACCUUCUUGCUUCUAUAUGUCUUCCUUUAACCAUGUCUCUUUCAUUGAAUCUGCUUCUGGUUCUGAUUCCGGGUCCGACUCUUUAGAAGAUGGGUUGAACGAUAACCAGGGUCUUGAGCUUAGAGAUUCUUGCUCUCCUUUGCUUCUUGCCAUCUCCCAGCAGCAGAAGAGUGCUGGUGGAAGUGAGGAUUUUCGGCCUGUAUCAACAAAUGCUUUCUCUGAAACUAGCUGCAUACAAUCAAGCUCAGCAUGUGGGACUCGAGUGCCAUUAGCAGAGGACAAUGAAGAAGAUAAUGAUAGGAAUGUUGGGGAAGGAGAAAGAAAGCAACCACCGUUUCCUAUGAAGGAAGUUUUGCUUAUGGAGACUGGUUGGUAUACCAGUCCUGAAGAGGCUGCUGGUUCGACAAGCUCCAUUGCAUCAGAUAUAUAUCGCCUUGGUGUGCUUCUCUUCGAGUUGUUCUGCCCUGUCAGUUCAAGGGAGGAAAAGAGCAGAACUAUGUCUAGUUUGAGGCAUCGAGUACUCCCUCCCCAACUGCUGCUGAGGUGGCCAAAAGCAGCUUCUUAUUGCUUAUGGUUGUUGCAUCCGGAGCCUAGCAGUCGGCCUAGUGUGAGUGAUGUGUUGCAGAGCGAGUUUCUUGUUGAACCAAAAGAUAAGCUAGAAGAGCGUGAAGCAGCCAUACAGCUGAGAGAGAGAAUAGAAGAGCAAGACCUGUUGCUCGAGUUCCUCUUAUUGAUACAACAGAGGGAACAGGAAGCUGCUGAUAAGUUGCAAGACACUGUUUCUCUUUUGUGCUCUGAUAUUGAAGAGGUCAUGAAGCAUCAAUCAGUUCAAGGGAAUAAUGGAAGCACAGCUGCAGAAAAAGGGAAGGAAGAUCUUAUGUCUUCUGAACUCCUGCUCAUGAACCCAUCUCAGACAGAUGAUUGUUUAGGCCUGGGUUCUAGAAAACGAUGUCGACCUGGCUGUCAAACUCAGAAUGCUGAGGAAUUUGAUGAUAACAUGGAGGAUGGUCAAAACUCAAGUAUAAUGCCGUCACAAGCUCAAGGAAGUUUACUCUUCAAAAACUCACGACUCAUGAAAAACUUCAAGAAGUUAGAGGCAGCUUAUCUGCUGACUAGAUGCCGACCAGUAGCAACAGUAAGGCCUCUGGGAAGAUCGGUCAGUAGACAUUCCCCAGUGAGCAGUGAUGGAAGAGGUUCAGUUGUAGCCAGUGAAAGAAGCUCCAUUAGUGGGUUACAACCAAGAGCUCAGCAUGUUGUGGCCAGACAAACUGGGUGGAUUAGUCCAUUCCUUGAGGGUUUAUGCAAGUACCUAUCUCUGAGUAAGCUUAAAGUCAAGGCUGAUGUGAAGCAGGGAGAUUUAUUGAACUCCUCCAACCUAGUAUGCUCUUUGAGUUUUGAUCGUGAUGGGGAGUUCUUUGCUGCGGCUGGUGUAAAUAAGAAGAUAAAAGUGUUUGAGUGUGAUGCAAUCAUAAAUAAGAACCGUGAUAUUCAGUACCCGGUGGUUGAGAUGGCUAGCAGGUCAAAACUGAGCAGUAUAUGUUGGAACAGCUAUAUCAAAAGCCAAAUUGCUUCUAGUAACUUUGAAGGUGUGGUGCAGGUAUGGGAUGCUUCAAGAGGUCAGGUAGUAACUGAAAUGAGAGAGCACGAGAAGCGCGUUUGGUCGAUUGACUUCUCAUCUGUAGAUCCAACACUGUUGGCUAGUGGGAGCGAUGAUGGUUCUGUUAAGCUAUGGAGUAUCAAUCAGGCAAUUCUACUUUUUGCACUUGUUGGAUGUGAGCUUUAAAAACUAAACGAACUAACGUCAUCUAAUGUUGUUUGUUUUAACAUUUUUUUCCUCUACUGCAGGGAGUAAGCAUUGGUACCAUAAAAACAAAAGCCAAUGUCUGCUGUGUUCAGUUUCCGCUAGAUUCCAGUCGCUCGCUUGCAUUUGGUUCAGCAGAUCAUAGAGUUUACUACUAUGAUCUUCGUAACUCGAGAGUUCCACUGUGCACGUUGGUUGGCCACAGUAAAACUGUGAGUUAUGUGAAGUUUGUUGACUCGACAACUAUUGUUUCUGCAUCGACGGAUAACACGCUGAAGCUUUGGGAUUUGUCAGCCUGUGCAUCUCGAGUCAUUGAUGCUCCACUGCACUCUUUCACGGGCCACAUGAACGUGAAGAACUUCGUUGGUCUAUCAGUGGCUGAUGGUUACAUUGCCACUGGCUCAGAAACAAAUGAGGUUGUGAUCUACCAUAAAGCCUUCCCAAUGCCAGCAUUAUCAUACAAGUUCAACACCACAGACCCAGUUUCCGGGCAUGAAAUGGACGACACGUCACAGUUCAUCUCAUCGGUCUGCUGGCGGGGCCAGUCCUCGACCCUUGUUGCUGCAAAUUCGACUGGCAAUAUCAAAAUACUGGAGAUGGUUUGAUCCUAUUUGGCGAAGCAUACACGUUAUAUUUAUGUAGCAAUAAUUUAGAGCCAGCCAGCCAGCCAGCCGCAGAGAUCGAAGGACCAACAGUUGUUAAAAAGCAAGUAGAAAGAGAGGAGUGGGGUGGGUGCUUAUUAGUAGUUUUUCAGCAUUAUGUUAGAGCCAGACGAUGUUUUAGAUGAUUGCUUAAUGCUCUAUGAAUCUAUAGUGUUUUCUAUUGAUUUUGGGUGGGUGAGGAAACGGGAAGCAGAUGCUGUUAAUGGGGAAGAGAGAUGUACCACUGCAUAAGAUUCAUCAACCACUGUCCACUAUGUAUAUUUUGUAAUGCUUAUCAUAGCCAAAACCAUCAUUCUUCGUGACGAGCUUCUAACCCAACCAGUCGGCCAUAAUUUUAAAUUUUAGUAAAUUAUAUUCUCUAGUUUAAUGAGGAUACAUUGAAUAGACCAUAAGGUAAUUUAGGUUAACAAAUUUUUGGUAUUUGUAGUUUCUUUUAUAUAAUUUUGUAUAGAACAAAUUAUUUAUUAACCUAGAGAUGGCAUCGGGGCGGAUUGGGGACGAUACUUACCUCCCGGUCCCCGUUCGUUAAGGCU